UUUGAAUGUCCUGUUUGCGGGAAAUGUUUCAGUCACAAUUCCAGCCUGGUAAACCACCAGAGGAUUCACACAGGAGAAAAACCCUUUGAAUGUCCUAUUUGUGGGAAAAGUUUCAGUGAGUAUUACAGCCUGGUAAAACACCAAAGGACUCACACAGGAGAGAAGCCCUUUGAAUGUCCUGUUUGCGGGAAAUGUUUCAGUCAGAAUUCCAACCUGGUGAACCAUCAGAGGACUCACACAGGAGAAAAACCCUUUGAAUGUCCUGAUUGUGGUAAACGUUUCAGACAGAAUUAUGACCUGAUGAAACACCAGAGGACUCAUACAGGAGAGAAACCCUUUGAAUGUCCUGAUUGUGGGAAAAGUUUCAGUCAGAAUUCUCACCUUGCAAGACAUCAGAGAACUCACACAGGGGAGAAACCUUUUGAAUGUCCCGUUUGUGGGAAAUGUUUCAGUCAGAAUUCUGAUCUGGUGAAACACCAAAUGACUCACACAGGAGAGAAACCCUUUGAAUGUCCUGUUUGCGGAAAAGGAUUCAGUCAGAAUUCCAACCGGGUGAACCACCAGAAGACUCAUACAGUUGAGAAACCCUUUGUAUGUCCUGUGUGUGGGAAAAGUUUCAGUCAGAAUUCACACCUAGUGAACCAUCAGAGGACUCACACAGGAGAGAAACCCUUUGAAUGUUCUGAUUGUGGGAAAAGUUUCAGUUGGAAUUCCAGUCUUCUGAACCAUCAGAGGACUCACACAGAAGAUAAGCCCUUUGAAAGUUCCAAUUGUGGGAAAAGUUUCAUUCGGAAUUCUGACAUGGUGAACCAUCAGAGGACUCACACAGGAGAGAAACCCUUUGAAU